ACUAUAUCUGGCCCAACACCUUCGUUGAUGUAACGCCAUUCCACGCCUUGCGUCGCAUGAACACCGGCGGUCCCCCGAGCGGUCCCCCGAGCGGUCUACAGUGAUUGAUGCUUGCAAAUGUUGAGACGCAGGUAUGAUUUGACGGCCAAGAAAUGAUCCCAUCCCACGGGGUACAAGAACAAAGAGGGGUCCCCUACAUGGUGAGAUGGAUGGUAAAUUUCUCGAGUCCCUUCUAUGCCAGCUUGUCGAUUGUCUGGUUUCUGUUGAGAAUACGACGAGCCGCGUAGAAUCGCAGUCCACCCUAUCCGUUGUCUUGAUAUUGGACGACGCAUCUGCCUGACCAGCGUCGCACGUUUGACGACCAUGGUUACUGCUACAGAGAACGAUCAUGAUGGGGGUAUGGAAAAGGUCGACUCGCAGCCUGCCAUUGAGAAGCCAGAAGACGUCCAGAAUGAAUUCGAGGCGACCAGAGGGCUCAGCGAUGUUGAACACACAAAGAAGCUGACCAAAAGCCUCUUGUGGAAGCUGGAUACGAGAAUUCUCCCAGUCCUUGCCAUUCUCUUUCUAUGCUCUUUCCUUGAUCGUACCAACGUCGGCAACGCCAAGAUCCUCGGCCUCGAAGACGAUCUCGGCCUGAACAACGGUCAAUAUGCUAAUGGUCUCGCCAUCUUCUUCGCAUUCUAUAUUGCAGCCGAACUACCAUCCAAUCUCGUACUGAAGAAGGCCAGUCCAAGGCUCUGGCUGGCCUUUUUGACGGCAGCAUGGGGAAUCAUUGGAAUGUGUCUUGGAUUCGUUCAGAACUAUGCAGGAUUUCUGAUCGUUCGCGCAUUUCUGGGUAUAGCUGAAGGUGGAUUACUGCCCGGAAUGGUCCUAUACCUUUCUGGAAUGUACACCAGAGGCGAAAUGGCCCUUCGAAUUGGCUUGUUUUAUACCAGCGCAUCUCUGGCUGGCGCGUUCGGAGGCCUUCUAGCCCGCGGCUUGUCAGCAAUUGGUUCAAACGCAGGCCUCGAUGCGGGCUGGCGUUGGAUCUUGGUGAUCGAAGGGCUCUUGACCUUCGUUGCAGGGGUCGCAUCAUAUUUCUUACUACCGAACACCGUUGCCACUGCUUGGUUUCUCAAACCGGAAGAGCGAGAGCUUGCUCAGAGGAGAUUGCACAACGACACUUCAGCACAUUUGCCAAAUGGCCGAGAAGGCGAAGGAGCUGAAAAGUUCCGCUGGUCAGAAGUCAGGCGUGGCCUUCUCAACAUCCAACUCUGGCUGAGUGCCACGGCAUAUUUCUCCAUCCUGUCCGGAUUGUAUUCCUUCGGAUUGUUUCUGCCAACCAUUAUCAAGGGUCUGGGCUAUACGGCCAACGAAGCCCAACUAUGGUCGGUCAUUCCUUAUGCUGUUGCCGCAGUAAUCACUGUGGUGGUGGCAUUCUUAUCCGAUCGUCUCAAGCUGAGAGGAGUUGUCAUGCUCUGCGUCUUGCCUCUGGCUAUCAUUGGUUAUGCGGCCAUCGGCAAUGUCGGCGAACACGACAACAAGACGAAGUACGGCAUGACAUUCUUGAUGGCGACAGGACUGUAUGCCAGUGUUCCGCCCGUGCUGGUAUGGAAUAGCAACAACUCAGCUGGUCAUUAUAAGCGCGCGACCACAUCCGGGCUUCAAUUAGCUAUAGCUAACUGUGGCGGUUUCGUUUCUGCGUUCACUUAUCCAUCGACUCAAGCACCUCAAUACCACAAAUCGCACACCAUCAUCUUGGGUUUGUUGGUCUAUGCGUGGUUUGCGAUUUUGUUGAAUGUCUUGUGGUGCGCGAAGAUCAACCGGGACAAGGCUGCAGGGAAAUAUAACAAGUAUAUUGGCUAUGGCGACGACAGGGAUCCCGAGUACAAGAUGGUUUUGUAGGGUGACAAUGCAUACUAGUACCUCUGGACGGAUGAUUGACGAGAUAUACUGGGACAUCAAGAUUGCUGGGUUUGGAUUACCAUAGAUGGCGAGAUAGCGCCGACGUGGUGUACGAUGAGGCUUCGUAGUCGACGAAAGACUUCCUAUACGUUAGA